AUGUUCCGCGCUCGGCCAAAACCGUCCGUCCGACUGAAGUCUCGGCCAAAGUCCAAACCACUCGGCCGAUCACGCAUCACGACCCGGGAAACAAGCCCGCGGUCGGCCAAGCCACAACGCCACGCCGCGCACGACCAGCGCGCGAGCCGGGAAGUAACGCCUCGCGGCCGCGCAACUCCUCGCGUACCGGCCGACGCUCCGUCCGAGCCGGGAAACUCCCGCGUCCGGCCGAAACCAUCGGCCAAUUCUAUCCGUCCGACCACGCCGGCCGACCGUCAUAACAUCCGGCCACGACCGUUCCGACUCGGCCAAGACCCGACUGUCCGGCCGACCGUCCCGACCGACCGUCCGAACGCCGCGGUCGACCCGAAGCCGUUUUUGAAGCCCAAUCCGCACAAUUCAAGCCCAAAGCCGGCGCCGACCUAG